GGCGACCCGAGACCAAGCGCAACGACACGCGACUGCCAGACCGCCACCACCCAUUGCAACCCCAACUUCGCCCACGGCCGGGUUUCACGGUUUCCAACGCCCGGAGACCUCCGUCAGCCCGACAACGGAUCGACCCCGAAACCCCGAAACCCCAGAAUCCCCCGCCCAUGAAGAGGUUACGGCUCGACCGAUGGACGGGCCAAUUGCUCCUGGCUCGUCCCGGGGCCUCGACCGCCUCGACGCCCCGGGCCGUUCCUCUUCGAUCUGCCGCCGCCGCUCCUAGAUGCACUGCCGUCGCCGCCGCCGCCGUGCGGUGCCAGUCGACGAGCGCCGCGCCCCAGACUCCCGGGGAGGUCGACGACUUCCACGACGGCACAGAUCCCGUCCGGUUCCCGCCCCUCGAGCAGCUUCCUCCCCGAGCCACGAGUCUACCGUCUCCGCCGCCGGAGCGGGCGCCGCAGUCGGCCAAGCUGGCCGCCCUGCACGCCCGCCUCUCCCUCCCAGAACGGCUGCCGCUGCAGACCCUCGCCCGAGCGCUGGUCGACGCCUCAGCCGACGAGAACCCGCAGUUCAACAACACCAACCUCGCGUUCGUCGGCCAGUCCCUCAUCAACUACCACGUUGCCGAGUGGCUCAUGUGCCGGUACCCGCGCCUGCCCAUGGACAUACUCUACGCCGCCAUGAAGGCCUACGCCGGCCCGACCGCCCUGCACCACGUGGCCCGCUCCUGGGGCGUGGAGCACGCGGCCGCCCCGGGCGGCGAGGUCGACCCGGGCCUGCUCCAGUUCUCGAUGCACAAGCCGGGCGACGCCAUCGUCAGCUUCGGGUACCGCCGGGCCGAGCUCGAGGGGAUCAAGAAGUACAAGUGGCGGCACGGCAUGAGCAGCCGCGUCGUCUUCGACGACGACUUUGGCGAGAUGGUGGACACGGAGGAGGCCAGGGACGAGCUCCGCUCCCGCGCCGACACCGAGUACGGCAACGAGUACACGCGCUCCCUGGCCGAGAAGGCCUACGCCACCUGCGCCCGCGCCGUCACGGGCGCCAUCUACGCCCACGCGGGCCGCGAGGCCGCCAAGGCCUUCAUCAAGGCCCACAUCCUCUCCCGCACCCUCGACCUCUCCCGCCUCUUCGCCUUCAAGAAGCCCACCCGCGAGCUGUCCCUGCUCUGCGCCCGCGAGGACUUUGAGCCCCCCGUCGCCCGCCUGCUCUCCGAGACGGGCCGCCUGUCCCGCACCCCCGUCUUCGUCGUCGGCAUCUUCUCCGGCAAGGACAAGCUCGGCGAGGCCGCCGGCCCCAGCCUCGAGCACGCCCGCAACAAGGCCGCCAUGAACGCCCUCAAGAGCUGGUACCUCUACAGCCCCGGCGAGCACGUCCGCGUCCCCAGCGACAUGCUCGCCGAGGACGCCAAGCCCUGGGAGCCCGCCUACAUCGACAUUGGCGAGAUCAUUGGGCGGUAAAUCAAACACCACCCUCUCCCUUUCCAACCUCUCUCACACCCUCCCCUCCUUCGCGGGGUGAGGCGCCUUCCCCCUUGGUGUUUUGUGUGUUUUACUUGUCCCCAAAAUCGGGAACGAUACCUACCUUAGUAUCUGCACGCGUUCCCGCGCGCGUG